AUGGAAACCGACUUCGUCAUAGAUGAGACAGUCCGCACAAUGAGGAUAUCUCGGCCCAUUCAUGAAGUGGUCUUGCUGCCCCGAGGUGGCGCCGCUGCCUACCCGGAGGUCGACUCCUCACUGCUUGUCAACAUCAAGAAGUUGAUCUUGGACCUUCUACUUUCGGCCUCUAUCGCUGAAGAAAAGCGUUUGUCGGCUGCCUAUAUGGAACACUAG